CUCUCUUAGACAGUAUGACGUCCACACAGAGGUGGCCAGAGAAGGGUUGGGCACUCUUACAGCUCUUGUUGGUGGCCUCUGUCUCUCAGGCUGAGGAGCUGGUGUGCAGGCGGAGAGGGGAUCCUGAGAACCCCCAGCUAUCUAAGGAUGGGGACAUUAUGUUGGGGGGAAUCUUCUCUUUCCACAGCAGUUGGAAAGAUAGACAGGAUACCUACAUGCACAAACCACUGCCACUGCAAUGCACCAGUUUGAAUUUCAGAGGGUUCCAGUAUGCCCAGGCUAUGCUCUUUGCAAUAGAGGAAAUAAAUAACAGUACAGAUCUACUGCCUGGCAUCUCUCUGGGCUAUAAGAUCUAUGAUGCCUGUACCUCCAUUGUCAGAGGUGUGAAGGUCGCACUGGACUUGACGAAUGGUAAUGACGUGGUAUCUGCACCCUCUGAAGCACCAUGUACCAGACCGGCCCAAGUGCAGGCCAUUAUGGGAGAGACCUCUUCCUCUCCUUGCAUGGCUAUAGCUACUGUCAUCGGACCCUUUCAUAUCCCGAUGAUCAGCCACUUUGCUACUUGUGCUUGUCUCAGUGAUAAAACCAAGUACCCAUCCUUCCUCAGAACAAUACCCAGUGACUACUACCAGAGCAGAGCCCUGGCCCAGCUGGUCAAGCACUUUGGUUGGACUUGGGUUGGAGCUAUUAGAACAAAUGAUGAUUAUGGCAACAAUGGCAUGGCCACAUUCACAGAAACCGCCCAGCAGCUGGGCAUCUGUCUGGAGUACUCUGUUUCUUUCUUUAGAACAGAUCCACCAGAGAAAAUACAAAAGAUAGUUGACAUUAUCAAGUCUUCCACUUCCAAGGUGAUUGUCACUUUUCUCUCCCCCACGGAUAUGGAUUUGCUAAUACACGCGUUGUCUCACCACAACUUGACUGGAUACCAGUGGGUAGGCAGUGAGAGCUGGAUCUUUGAUUCCCAAACUGCAGCCAUGGAUAGCCAUCACAUUCUGGAUGGUGCCAUAGGCCUGUCCAUCCCCAAAGCACAUGUCAAUGGCAUGAGAGAGUUCAUGCUGGAUGUGAAGCCGCUCAAUUCAUCUAGUGAUGAAAUGUUUACAGAGUUUUGGGAGACAUUAUUUAACUGUAGUUUCAAGCAGUCAAAAUCAUCAGCAGGGAAUCAAAGAGAAUGUACUGGACAUGAAGAUCUGACUGGAGUGCAAAACAGCUUCACUGAUAUGUCACUCAUGCCUAUCUUUAACAAUGUCUAUAAAGGAGUGUAUGCUGUGGCCCACGCACUUCAUAGUAUUCUCAGCUGUAAUAAAACAUGUAACAACAAGGUGCAGCUAGAUCCAUUCACGAUGUUACAGCACAUAAGAAAGAUUCACUUCAAAACAAAGGAAGGAGAUGAGGUUUACUUUAAUGAGAAUGGAGACCCAGCAGCAAAGUAUGAAAUUGUUAAUUGGCAGCCAACAGAAAAUGGCAUUGUGGACUUUGUCACAGUUGGUCUUCAUGAUGCAUCUUUACCUGCAGACAAACAGCUGAAUCUGCAAAAUAAGUAUUUAAUUUGGACACAGAAUUCACAACAGGUGCCUUUGUCAGUUUGCAGUGAGAAAUGUCCCCCAGGAACUCGCAAGGUUCUGCAGAAAGGAAAGCCUGUCUGCUGCUAUGACUGUUUAAGAUGUGCAGAUGGAGAAAUAAGCAACAUUACUGAUUCUAUCACCUGUGUGCGAUGCCACCCUGAGUUCUGGUCAAAUGAGAGAAGAGAUGCCUGUGUAAAGAAGGAGGCAGAGUUUCUGUCAUAUAUAGAGAUUAUAGGAGCACUGCUCACUGCAGCCUCCCUAUUUGGAACAUGCAUGACUGCUGUUGUGGCAUUCAUUUUCUUCAGAUACAGGCAGACUCCUAUUGUCAGGGCCAACAACUCUGAGCUGAGCUUCCUGCUGCUCUUCUCCUUGACUUUGUGUUUCCUGUGUUCUCUGACCUUCAUCGGCCGGCCUUCUGAGUGGUCCUGCAUGCUGCGACACACAGCAUUCGGCAUCACCUUUGUCCUCUGUAUCUCUUGUGUUCUGGGGAAAACAAUAGUGGUGUUAAUGGCCUUCAGGGCCACACUUCCAGGUAGUAAUGUGAUGAAAUGGUUUGGGCCUGCACAGCAGAAACUCAGUGUUCUGGGUUUCACUCUUAUUCAAGUUGUCAUAUGUAUCCUCUGGUUAACAAUUUCUCCUCCUUUUCCAUUUAAGAAUUUUAAGGGGUUCAAGGAUAAAAUCAUCUUAGAGUGCGCUCUGGGCUCAGCUGUAGGCUUUUGGGCUGUACUUGCUUACAUAGGACUUCUGGCCAUGUUAUGUUUUAUUCUUGCUUUUCUGGCUCGGAAACUGCCUGAUAAUUUCAAUGAAGCCAAAUUUAUUACUUUCAGCAUGCUGAUAUUCUGUGCAGUAUGGAUCACUUUUAUCCCAGCGUAUGUCAGCUCUCCUGGGAAGUUCAGUGUUGCUGUGGAGAUAUUUGCUAUUCUGGCGUCAAGUUUUGGACUGCUCAUUUGUAUUUUUAUUCCAAAAUGUUACAUUAUCUUACUGAAACCAAAGAAAAAUACAAAAAAGAAUAUGAUGGGGAAGGGGGAAAAAUCUUUCUGAAAACUUAAAAUAAUAAUAAUAAAUAUAUAUUUACUGUAUAUAUAUAUAUAUAUAUAUCAAAUGGUUUAAGCGUAUUUUAUACUGUAUUUGAGACAUCAACAUAAAGAUAUAUUAUUUAAUUAUAUAUUUCACCACCCCAGCCCGACUCUGUUGCUCUGUUUUGGUGUUACAACCAGCAUCUUUAUUGUUUUGUCUUUCACCACUCUCAGCUGCAACAGGCGGUAUUCAACAAAACAAAUGUAAAAAGCUCCUGUACGCUACCUGCCCAGCACCAAAUGUCAGACAGACAAAGUUAGCAACUCGCUGGUGAACAAAAUAGAGCAUUUAGCAGCUAAAGAGUUGGUGGACACCAAAACAGAGCUAAGAGGUGAGUAAAUAUAUAGUUGUGUUAAAAUUAUUGUAAGUUAUAAUAGUGACACCUAGUGGUUCUUAUGGUUAUGCUUUUGUAAGCUAGGUACUCUACGAGCACUGAUGUCACCUAUUGGCUCCUUUAACCUUAAACUUUAAACAGGAAGUUGGUGCACAAGCCAUGGAAAGUAGUUUUCUUUCUUUGUUUCCGUUUAUCUGUGUAAAUCAGCAACAUCUACAUACAUUUUAUGCCUUUGGUUGCAUCUUAGGUAUUUAAUGUCAUUUUGUGUUUAUUCACCCUUCAUAGUUCAAGGUGUCUCAUUUGUAAGCCUUGUAAGUGUGAUAUUUUAUAUGGCCAUCAUGUUUACUGAUGUUAUUCCAGCUAGGUUGUAAACCAGACUAUUAGACUAUUUUUAGUUUGUCAGUAAUUUGUGAAAGUUUAUAUUUAAAGCACUUUGAUAAAAUGCAUGUAUAUUGCUGUUUUUGGUACAGAUACACAAAUACCUAGAUAAACGUCACAAAGGUUAGAGCAAUUAAUGCUACACCUUUUAUUUAUAAUAAUUAAGCUUACACUUUUUUUGAUUUUUUAUAUGAAGCCGGGAUAAAUCCCACUCACAACAUAAGAUGCUAUUUUGUGGGGUUUGUAUUGUCUUUUCUGCCAUUUUUAAAAAAAUAAAAAAUAAAACAAAGCUCAGUGUUAUGCCCUGUCUAGGGGUGGCUGAGACACAACAUGAA